UGUCUUCUAAGCAGUGCACCAAAGGCAAAGUUCAUCUAUAUAAAGCAAGUGCACAAAUUGCUCUAUUAAUUCCUCUGACGAGGCCACCACAUCUCUCUCAAUCUUCAUCUACCGCUUCUUCCACUUUGAGCAACCACCUCAUACAAUUCCUUACUCUCUUCUGUGCUCUCUCUUUAUCUCUCUCACACACAACCUGUGUUCUUAAUUUCUUAACCUAGACAUGGUAAAUAAGGAAGAGAAGAAAGAAAAGCAAAUUACACUCACAAGACCACAAACACUUGAUAAGGAAUCUGAUUCAGAAGCUACUUACAAUGCCCCUAAUCUUUUGCAACGCGUCUUAAGUUUAUUCAAGAAUAUUCGUCCAGGGUCUGAUCUCACCCGCUUACAGCUGCCACCAUUGUUCAACUUACCAAAGUCACAACUUCAGUGCUAUGGUGAAUCAGUGUAUUGCGCGGCUUCGGACAUGCUAAGUGUGUGCAACAGAGGGCAGAGUCCAUUGGAUAGGUUCAUAUCAGUGGUGGCAUGGUGCAUAUCCACCACACGCCCUGCAACUUUUGGGGCUGCUCCUUAUAAUCCCAUUCUUGGUGAGACACAUCAUGUUUCCAAAGGAAAUCUUAAUGUGUUACUUGAACAGGUUUCCCAUCACCCUCCAGUAACUGCCCUGCAUGCAACAGAUGAGAAGGAGAACAUAGAAAUGCUAUGGUGUCAGCAACCUGUUCCAAAGUUUUAUGGCACAUCAGUUGAAGCUCAAGUGCAUGGUAUACGUCGGUUGAAGCUCCUAAAUCAUGGCGAAACAUAUGAAAUGAAUUGUCCUCACCUUCUGUUUAGAAUUCUUCCAGUUCCUGGGGCUGAUUGGGUUGGCACAGUUACUAUAAGAUGCCUAGAAACAGGUCUGGUAGCUGAGUUAUCCUACAGAUCAACUCAUUCUUUUCUAGGUAUUGGGGGAAAUCAUAAAGUGAUCAAAGGGAAGAUCCGUGACCCUUCAUCUUUGAAAGUUCUAUAUGAAGUUGAUGGUCAUUGGGAUAGAACUGUGAAAUUGAAGGAUCCAAAAAAUGGGAUGGUUAGAGUCAUAUAUGAUGCAAAGGAAGUCAUGUCAGGGCUCCAAGUUCCUAUUCUUAAAGAUGCAGAGAGUGUGUUGCCAACAGAAUCAGCCCAUGUUUGGAGUGAAUUGAGUGAAGCUAUUCUGAGAAAAGAGUGGGAGAAAGCAAGAGAAGCAAAGCAUGCAGUGGAGGAAAAACAGAGGGAACUCAUGACAGAAAGAGAAACAAAAGGAGAAACUUGGAGUCCUAAGCAUUUUAUUGUAUCUUACAGCAAAGAAUCAGGGUGGGACUGUGUACCUACUCAAAAAUGGGUUUCAGCAGCUCCCAUUAUAGCACAAUGAUUGUAGCUAUUUAGUAUGAUAAGUUGAUAACUUUAUUUUUCAUAGAUAUGUAUCUAAGUAAGAAAAAGACAAGUUUUAUGUGACUAUCUAGUCAAUAACAGAAAAUUUUAUGGUAAGAAUUUUUCAAUAAGAAUAUCUAGCUAGUGAUG